AUGGAGGAGAAGACGAAUGUGAUUGGAAGCAGUAAAGAAGAGAAACAAUCAAUGUUUCAUGAAGAAGAGACUCAUGGAAGAAGUGAAGACAUUGAUGAGAAGACAAAGGUUGAUGAUGUGAAAGGACCUGGUGUCAUCGAACGUAUGAAGGAGGAGAUGGAAGCCAUUGUCGACGCUGUUACUCCUAGAAAAAGUUCUGACAAGUGA